AUGUCAUACGAUAAGAGACACGACGUUAUCGAUUUAGUUGGUAACACACCAUUGAUCGAACUUAAAAAGCUACCAAAGGCCCUUGGUGUUAGACCAAGAGUCUUUGCCAAGCUUGAAUUAUACAACCCAGGUGGUUCUAUUAAGGACCGUAUUGCAAAGUCCAUGAUUGAAGAAGCUGAAGAAAAAGGUUUAAUUUCUCCAGAGAGAACUACUUUGAUCGAACCAACUUCUGGUAACACUGGUAUUGGUCUUGCUUUGAUUGGUGCCAUCAAGGGUUACAGAACUAUUAUUACUUUACCAGAAAAGAUGUCUAACGAAAAGGUUUCUGUUUUAAAGGCUCUAGGUGCCGAAAUUAUUAGAACUCCAACUAAUGCUGCAUGGGAUUCUCCAGAAUCUCACAUUGGUGUUGCUAAGAAGCUUGAAAAAGAAAUCCCAGGUGCUAUUAUCUUGGAUCAAUAUAAUAACAAGAUGAACCCAGAAGCUCAUUACAGAGGUACCGGUAAAGAAAUCCAAGGCCAAUUAGAAGAAUUAGGUUUAUUUAACAAAUUGAACGCUGUUGUUGCUGGUGCCGGUACUGGUGGUACUAUUACUGGUAUUGCUAAGUACAUUAAGGAGCAAGAUUCAAAGAUUCAAAUUGUUGGUGCUGAUCCAGUCGGUUCCAUUCUAGCUCAACCUGAAAAUUUGAACAAUACUGAUAUUACCGAAUAUAAGGUUGAAGGUAUUGGUUAUGAUUUCAUUCCAGAUGUUCUAAACAGAAAUUUGAUUGACACAUGGUACAAGACUGAAGAUAAACCAUCCUUUAUCUAUGCUCGUGAAUUGAUUUCUAAUGAAGGUGUUUUAGUUGGUGGUUCUUCCGGUAGUGCCUUUGAUGCUUUAAUAAGAUACACUGAAGAUCAUCCAGAAUUGACUGAAGAUGAUGUUAUCGUUGCUAUCUUCCCAGAUUCCAUCAGAUCAUACUUGACUAAGUUUGCUGACAAUGAAUGGUUAAAGAAAAACAACCUAUGGGAUGACAAAGUUUUGGCCAACUUCAACCAUUCUAAAAAGACCACUAACUCCAGUGCUUCUGACAUCUUCAAUGGUGCCACUGUCAAGGAUCUAAAGUUGAAACCAGUUGUCUCUGUCAAGGAUGAUGCUAAGGUUGCUGAUGUCAUUAAUAUCCUAAGAGAAAAUGGAUUUGAUCAAUUACCAGUUCUAACUUCCAAUGGUCAUUUGACAGGUUUGGUUACACUAUCACAAUUAUUGAAGAAGAUAUCCACCGGUGUAGUGACCAAGGAUGAUUCAAUUCGUGGUACAUACCUUGAUUUCAAGAAAUUAAAUGAUUUUGAUGCUGUUUCAUCUUACAAUGACAACAAAUCUGGUAAGAAGAAGUUUGUUAAAUUCACUGAAGGUUCUACUUUAAACGAUCUAAACAAAUUCUUUGAAAAAAGUUCAUCUGCUGUUAUUACUGAUGGUCUAAAACCAGUUCAUAUUGUCACUAAGAUGGAUUUGUUAAGUUAUUUAGCUUAA